AUGGCUGACCCAUCUCACUUCUCUGACAUCUUCUGGGAGCCUCCUAAAGCUCUAGUUGCUGUCCAACCCGACUGUCCGCCCGCUAGUGAGGGCGAGGUUCUCUUAACCACCUUUUCCUCCCUAGAGCGCAUUACUGUGGGAGUCGACUUCAUGGUCCCAGGCCUGGGAACUAUUGCUGCCAAACCUGAUCCACCAGACACAAGCCUCUCAUUCACCAUCCGUCCUGCAAACCCCAGGACUCAGCCUACUCUCACGCUCACGAUCACUAAGGGUAACUGUGUUCUGAGCAAGAGAGAGAAAGAUUCCGAAAAGGAUGUUCCAUUUGAGGAGAUCAUCGACUUCGAAGAAGAUAAGGAACGAUCUACAUAUGUCAACAAGGUCAUGUUCCCUAAAGGCAAGCUGUCAGCCGUUCUCAGUCCAUUGACUACGGACAAAACAGCCUACUGGAUCUCCGUCGACCGGAGCAACGCUCGCAUUCGAUAUGGAAAAUAUCUUAUCAACAAUUCCAUGACCUUUAUGGAGAUUCAGUUCGUUAAGAAAGAAGCCGCUUGGAUGGAAAACCUUAGCUCGACAGAGGUACAUCGAGAUGAUUUCCCCGUUUCCGAGAUAGACAUCAAGUUCAGAGCUUCACCUAUUACUGUAGAUCUCCCACCUUUGAUUGUGCCAGAGACCGAUAUCACACUUGAGCAACUCGAGUCUUCGACAGCCAUGACAUUUGUCAAUUUGCCUGAAGGCUGCCAGAAGCUCUACCACAACAUUUGCGGGCCCAACAUCACAGUCCAGCCAGCUUCAUUCCCUCAGUUACCCGAGGCUAUUGAUCAAAGCUGCAAGGACCCCGACAAGAUUUGUGGCAAGAUCCUCAAGAACAAGGACACAUUUGGAGAUCCUUUGGAAACAUACCUUCGUAUCACCCUUGGCGAUAACUUGGCCAACUCCCCAGGUAUUCCCUAUGUUAUGGAAAUCUGGCCCCCAGGGCACAUGUCUCCCAUCCAUCAGCAUGGAGACGCCUCAGCCGUGAUCAGAGUUCUAUACGGUAGUAUCAAUGUGACCUGGUUCGACGCGCUACAGGAGGAUGGCGAGCCUCAAGUGAUCGGGCAGCCGGUUAACCUCAAGAAAGGCGAUGUCACAUGGCUUGGCGAGGACCAGUAUCAGAUCCAUCAGCUACACAACAAGUCCAAGACUGUCUGCAUCACGCUUCAGUGCUAUCAAUUCGAGAAGCAUGAUAAGGUGCAUGACGAGUCGUUUCAUUGGAUGGACGGUAAGCGUCACAUUGAACGCUUUAUUCCCAACAGCGAUAUGGCUUACGGGCAAUUUGUACAGGCUGUCAAGGCUGAGUGGGAGGCUCCUAACUGA